AUGAUAGCGAAUGCCAUUGCCGAGGUGUUGACAUUCCGACCGCGUGUUCCUGUGGCUUUCCUCGCUUCCCACUUUCAAGGUCUGGCGACAAACAAGUCAGCUGCUGUGGUCUCGUAUCUACGUGCUUGUCAUCCAUGCAGUCCGUCGUUUCCAUCGGCUGUUGAGAAGGCCUUCUAUGACCUUGCAGCUAUUGAAGCUACACCACCAGCUGCGUUAUCGACCAAUGCUCCGCCUCCGCGAUCUAAUUCUGCGGGACCCACGCCAUCCAGGAAAUUGAGAGCUGGUGGUCCUACCACUAUUAGCGAGGCUUCGUUUCGACAACUUCUACAACAGCUGAGCACGGACUUCCCGAAGCAUCUACAAACUAAACUUCUUGACGCUGUGCUCUGCGUCUCGCCAACUUCAAGUUCUCAGGAACCCUCGAGCAGUCAAGGUGUGGGCUUGACACACUUUCAUCGAGGUCCACAUUGUUGUUUCAAGGGUUGCAGCCAGAUAACUCCAAUCCUGCUGGAGUGA